CACUAAUUAACGAACUAACUAAUAGAGAGGUCACCCAGCCAGACGAGAGAAAAGAGAGCGAUGUCACGAGACGCGGGAGCUCGGACUGUAGGGCUGUCCCCGACCGAGUGGGGCUGGCUGGGCCUGGUGGUUACAUGUACAUAUGUGUGUGAUCGUUAGCGUGUUUGCUGGAUGGAUGGAUGGGUGGAUGAGUUACAUUCCGGCUGUUGUUGGUACUGGGACUGGUUGCUGGUGCUGGAUGAUGUAUGAUGUAUGUGUUAUGUAUCAUGUAGCAUGUAUCGUUCGUCACAUUUCGCGUUCCUUGAUCGUGUGUCCGGCCGGGCAGGGCUGGAUCGUGGCAGCCCCGGCCCCAGCUGUUUGUGGGGGCUACGUCAGCCAAGACUGGGUGCACGUGUCAGUCGCGUGUUUCGUGUCUUGUGUCAGUUGUGUGUUUCGUGUCAGUUUUGUUGAAGAGAUGUUGCUGUUGAGUAAUGGUCCAAAUAGAGGGCCGCAGCCAUCUCCGUCAGCGGCGGCGGGAAAAGGGGAGCACGUGCCAGGUAAUACGCCACCUGGUACUGCGGCUGCGCUACCGGGAUAA